GGUAUAUUUCACAUUCUCCAGAAUGUUAAGUGACACUUUAACUGCUCGCUGUGGUGGGGAAGGGGGCAGAGGUAGGUGAGCGCUCUCUCAGCCUAGAGCAGCCUGACCAGCCCAGGAGGCGGUGGCGGCAGCCCAGGCCCAGCAUUCCCGCACAAAUCUCCGCAGACCGGCUGUUGGGGGAAAAAAGUGUUUAGCCAUCUCUCCCGGAUCUGCGAGGGGGAAAAAUUUUGGAACCAUAAAGUUGAAAACUUUUUUCUCUGUUUGGAAGAAGCCGUUCGGCAUGAAUGGGACCAGCGAAGCUCAGGCGAGAGGAGGCGAGAGUCGCAAAGGAGGGGAGAUUUCUCGCCUGCCGCUCGCGCUGGGGCUCGAUGUGAAUAUAUAUUAUGUCUGCCUGUUCUCCCCUCGUCGGUGGCUAAGGUCAGCCGCUUGCAACAGUCCCGGGAGGAGGGGGGCAGAAAGGGGAGGGGGGGUCCGGCGCGUCACGAGACCCCCGGGGGUGCCAAUGUCCGGUCGUGAGGGUAUCAGGCCCUUGCAAGUUGCCAUCCACUGCCCGGGCCUCGCCCAGCGAUGCAGAAAGCCACCUACUACGACAACGCCGCGGCUGCGCUCUUCGGAGGCUACUCCUCGUACUCUGGCAGCAAUGGCUUCGGCUACGACGGGCCCCCCCAACCCCCCUUUCAGGCCGCCACGCACCUGGAGGGUGACUACCAGCGCUCAGCGUGUUCUCUUCAGUCCCUGGGCAACGCCGCCCCACAUGCCAAGAGCAAGGAGCUCAACGGCAGCUGCAUGAGGCCCGGCCUGGCCCCUGAGCCCCUGCCCGCCCCUCCGGGCUCACCCCCACCCAGCGCCGCACCUACCAGUACCACUAGCAACAGCAAUAAUGGGGGCGGGCCCAGCAAAAGCGGCCCCCCCAAGUGCGGUCCCGGCUCCAACUCCACCCUCACCAAACAGAUAUUCCCCUGGAUGAAAGAGUCGAGGCAAACGUCCAAGCUGAAAAACAGCUCCCCCGGCACAGCAGAAGGCUGUGGUGGCGGCGGCGGUGGCGGCGGCUGCAGUAGUGGAGGCAGUGGGGGCGGCGGCGGCGGCGGCGGGGGAGGGGACAAGAGCCCCCCGGGGUCGGCGGCGUCCAAGCGGGCGCGGACCGCGUACACCAGCGCGCAGCUGGUGGAGCUGGAAAAGGAGUUCCACUUCAACCGCUACCUGUGCCGGCCGCGCCGCGUGGAGAUGGCCAAUCUGCUGAACCUCAGCGAGCGACAGAUCAAGAUCUGGUUCCAGAACCGGCGCAUGAAGUACAAGAAGGACCAAAAGGCCAAGGGCCUGGCCUCGUCGUCUGGGGGCCCGUCUCCAGCCGGCAGCCCCCCGCAGCCCAUGCAGUCCACCGCUGGCUUCAUGAACGCCUUACACUCCAUGACCCCCAGCUAUGAGAGCCCGUCCCCGCCCGCCUUCGGCAAAGCCCACCAGAAUGCCUACACGCUGCCCUCCAACUACCAGCCCCCUCUCAAGGGCUGCGGCGCCCCGCAGAAGUAUCCCCCGACCCCGGCGCCCGAUUACGAGUCCCACGUUCUCCAAGCCAACGGGGGCGCCUACGGGACGCCCACCAUGCAGGGCAGCCCAGUGUACGUGGGCGGGGGCGGCUACGCGGAUCCACUGCCGCCCCCUGCCGGCCCCUCCCUCUAUGGCCUCAACCACCUUUCCCACCAUCCCUCUGGGAACCUGGACUAUAACGGGGCGCCCCCUAUGGCCCCCAACCAGCAUCACGGACCAUGCGACCCCCAUCCCACCUACACAGACCUCUCCUCUCACCACGCGCCUCCUCCUCAGGGUAGAAUCCAAGAAGCUCCCAAAUUAACACACCUGUGAUGGGAGAGGAAGGGCGGAGGGGCGAGGUCAAGGGCAAGAGGGGAGCUGUGGAGCUCAGAGGGGCGGCCUGGAGGUCUGAAAGAGGGGUUAGGGAAGUAGUUGCUAGGCUCCCAGGACAAGGGACUUGGAGCUCCUUCCCUGCUCCCUGGCUUGAGGGGUUGUUUUAAAGUCCUUCAUUCCUUGUUCCAUCUGCCUGCCAACCCAUCGGAAAGGAAAGGAAUCCACGGCAGAUUGGAGAUGACCCCUUCAACCCCAGGCUCCAGCACUACCAAGUUGGAAUUCCAUGCUGGAGAGGGAGUGUGGUAUAAGAAGUUGAGAUAGGAAAACAAGGCAGAGAAGCACAUUUUUUAAAAAGUUAAAAAACAAAAACAAGCAGACAAGAUGGCUAGGCCAUGACCAACCAACCCACUUACCUUCCACCUCUGUGGAUAAUUCCCCCAGAUCUUGAUUUCCCCCCUCUCUUUCUCCUUAAGAAAAUAAUAAGACACAUUUAAGCCCAAGGACAGAAAGCACGUUCUCCUCCCACUUCCCUGAAACCUCAAAUUUCCUUCCAUCUAUUUGAGGUUUCUUGGGGUAUGCCCUCCGUUUCUAGCCCCAUGAUUUUCUGCUCUAGGACUUUCGUAUCUAUACCCCUUCUCCAUCAGUUACAAUUUUUAGAGGGCUCAGGGAUGGUGAGAGAUCCUGAAAGUCAGAGCUGCCUAUAGUAUAAAUAUAUAUAUUUUUUCUUUUUAGGAAAAGUUUGGAGGCUAAGGCAGGCAAGGACUGAACAUUUGCAUGUUCCACAGCCUCUCCUCUCAGCUCCAGGUCCAUCCCCCUCUCUCCACAGAAAACAAUCGGCCACAUAAGGUUCUCCACUUUACUUUUCUUCUGUUGCUCUCUUACUUAACGUGAAAACAGGGUAUAUUUGAACAAACUGUCUGUCCCAGGCAGGGGCUGCAGCUUGGCCUGUGUGCUUUGCUCAACCUCCUGACAGGACACUUUUGUUGCACUUAGAGUUUACAUUUUAAUGGAUAUAAAAACAACUGUGAGAGAUGCCUAGGCCUGCAGAAGUCCAGCAUCGCUCAAAAAAGUGUGUGUUCUAGUGAACAUUUUCAUAUAUAUUUAUUGGUUAUAGCCUGUUAAAAUAUUUUCUUUUUGUAUUAUUUAUCCCCCCUACCUUAUGUAUUUAUAUGAGGAAAAAGGAAAAAUUGUACUUUUUUAGUAUUUACUUGUUAUAAGGGACAUUGUGUUUUCUGUCAUGUAAAACCAGCUAUUUUAGUUUUUAUCGUACUCUAGGAAAGAGCUGUAGAUUUAUGUUAAACUCGUACUUAUGAGCAAUUGUAAUUAGUUCUAAAAGGCAUGAACUCAGCUCCUAAUCGUCACUGUAUAGUCUUGAAUUUGUAGAGUUAGAGUUAAUUCCCUCUUGGAACUUUCUUUGUUCUUCUGUAGUUACUUUUUUUCCUUAAAAGAGUUGUCUGUCAAACAAUUCUUGAAUAAACUUUCUGUUAUCAAUUUUA